AUGUUGGAUCAAAGAUUACUUAUCAUUUUUAUUUAUUGGAUGUUUGGAUUCUUUAACAAAGUAAGAGUGGAGGAUAUAGGAGUUGAUUCACCAAAAUUGUAAAUGAUUUUAUUUUUAGAUGAUUAGGAAUUAUUCUAAGGAAUAGGCAAAUAAUGGAUAUGAAUUAAUGUAUAAUAUAUUGAAUUAUAGUAUUAAAUAUUAAAAUACAAUAGAUCUUAUUGUAUAUUCAAUAGUAAAUAUAUAUUUAAAUGAGAAAGAGAUUCAUUAAUAUAAAAUAUGA